AUGCCGCUCCUAGUAAUAAAACAUUUUUUCCUCCCUUUGUCUUCCCCUUUUCAGAUCCAGCUAUGGGAUACGGCAGGGCAGGAGCGCUUCCGAAAGAGCAUGGUGCAGCACUAUUACAGGAACGUACACGCUGUUGUGUUUGUGUAUGAUAUGACAAACAUUGCCAGUUUCCACAGUCUGCCCUCAUGGAUAGAGGAAUGCAAACAACACCUUCUUGCCAGUGAUAUACCACGGAUUCUUGUUGGAAAUAAAUGUGACCUGAGAAGUGCUAUUCAGGUACCUACGGACUUGGCCCAGAAGUUUGCUGAUACUCACAGUAUGCCGUUAUUUGAAACCUCUGCCAAAAACCCCAAUGACAAUGACCAUGUGGAGGCCAUAUUUAUGACACUGGCUCACAAGCUUAAAAGUCACAAGCCAUUAAUGCUUAGUCAACCCCCAGAUCGCAAUGAAAUACAUAUAAAGCCUGAACCAAAACCUGCCAUGACCUGCUGGUGUUAAAUCAUACUUUUAUCAGCUGUCACCUUGUUUGCAAAUACUUCAAAAUUAUGAUCUUGGCAAAGUUCCAGGUUUUGGUAGCAAUUAUGGCAAAUCUCUUUGGCACUUUAAUGUGUUGGUUUUUUUUUUUUCCUGGUGUAGAUGUGCCCAUCUCAUGUUCUUGCACUUUGUACUUUCUGAAUUACUGAAGUUUCACUAUAAACCUACAGGAAAGUAAACUUUCAAGUGAAGUUUUGACAAAGCAAUGCUACUUGAGCUCUUGCUGCCUGAGAUUGUUUUCAUCACUUGUGGUAAGGUUAUAAAUAGUAAGCCAGUUUACUCUCACUUUUGGUUGCUACUUGCAUUAGAAUAAUGUAGGAGAAAAAGUGUUAUGUGACAGACAGCUUGUUUUUUGGGUCAGCAAGUGGGGAGAUUUUUGGCAUAUGAAGGAAUUUUUGGUGACUGCUAGCAAAUUGCUAAGCAAGUACCUUAUAAUUUUAAUGAAGAAAAACCAAGAAUCUCAGAUAGAGUUUGGGCUGUCAGCGUAGGUGCAAACUGCUAGCUUUUGGCCUGUCAUUCCACUGUAAACUUUUACUUGUAGUGUGGGAUACCUGGCAAAUUUGGGACUCUGGCUGCCCAUAACUUCUCUGACUUUACUAAAACUUCAAUGGAGACUUAUUUCUAAAGAUGCUGUAUUUGAGUUGAGUGUCCCAGGGUAAGUAAAAACACGUAAGUCAAUAAAAGAUGGAGCAAAGUUGGCAAAGGCAUACUGGUUUUCAGAGACAGGGGUUUCAGAGAGUUUUAGUGAUGAUGAAUGCUUUUCAAAUAUCUUGAAAAAGCUUUUUACAACCAACUUCAUAACAUUUUUUAGGGAUGGAAAUGCUUAGGACAGAAUUUUAGGAAUAUGAGGCUUCCUUAAAAUACUUCUGAAUACAAACUGAAUUAGAUCUUGAAAUACAGAGAAAAUCUGCCAAAUACAUCAUCUGUCGCAGAUUCCUGAGCUAAAACCAGCUUGCAUAAUGUCAUGGCUGUAUGUGGGGCAUCCUUGUCAUUACUAAUGUGAGUUAGUAAUGUGUUGGGUCAGAUGAGGGAAAUUACGCCUCCAGAACCAUCUUCUGUGUUCUCAUAAUUGCAGCUGUUUUAUUUCAGUGCUGUCUGAAGGUCAAGUUUCAUAAUAAAAAUGGUGCUAGGUUGCAUAUAAUUACAUAAAGCGAAAUGUAAGUCAUAGAAUGCAGUCUAUGACUUCAUUCAUGUGCCAUGUCAAACAAUGUUCUGUGAUUUAGUUUUUAAAAGAAUUGAGGUAAAAAUGAAGAUUUUUUUCAUUUGCAGUGUGUAGCAUGUGAUGCUGACUGGAAGCUAAAUGGAAGGGCAAGUUCGGAAGCUGCCGCCCUAGUGAUCACAUUAGAAACAAAUUACUGAAAUAAGAGAAUUAACAUUAUUUAAGGUAUUACAAUAUUCAUUCUAUGUAAGAUGUAAUUCUAUUGUAAAUUAUACUGGCAAAAGAAAAAUUAAUUGACUUUUUCUAGAUUUCCAAAAGGCAUUCAAUUUGGUCUAAUAUGAUUAAGAUGUUUAAACAGAAUCUAAAAAGGUAAUGUUUUCUUGCUGUAUAAAGCUGCUACAACUGUGACAGUAUUUUUGUUUGGGAAACAUUUGUAAAAGGGAGCUUCUGUAUUCACUCUGAACCUUACAUGACUAGAAUUUGGUUUACAGUCCUUUCAGAAACAAUCAGCUUUUUAACACUAGUGUCCUUAAUGAUUUUUU